AUGGAAAAUAUAUUACAUCCAAGGACCAACAUGGUUGAUGCUGCCGUCCAGACAGAAUCUUUCAGUGAGAUCAUAGACAAAAUUUCUGAACAGCAGCGAGAAAUUGAAUCGUUGAAGCGACUACUAGGGGAGACCAAAUUUGUUCCUGAAAACAUAUUUGAUGACGUUAAGAUGAGAGCUUUGACCAGCUUUUCCAGAGAAAGAUUUUUUAUGCUAUUUUCUUUUUUAAAUAUCCAAAAAGACUUGGAAAAGAAUAGUUCUUUAAGUCCUGUACAUCUUUUCUUUUUAUUUUUGGUUAAGUUGAGAACAGGUAUAACGAAUGAAUUCCUGUCCAUUCUAUUCAACAUCUCAGAUUCCACAGUAUCAAGAUAUUUUAAUUUUGUUGUUGGAGUUUUGCAUACAAAACUAGGAACUCUAAAAAUAUUUCCAGAUAAAGCCAUGGUGCAUGACUCCAUGCCUCGAAAUUUUUUGAAGGAAAACAGCGAGUGUCGAAUCAUAAUCGACUGUACCGAGUUUCCAAUUCAAAAACCGAACAGCCCAUCUGAACAACAAAUGACUUUUAGUCAUUAUAAAAAUAAAAACACAUUGAAAGGUCUCAUUGGCAUCAUGCCUUCUGGUGCCAUUUCCUUUAUCUCAGAUUUAUAUUGUGGCAGUAUAUCUGAUACAGAAAUUUUUUUGAAAAGUGGCCUCCUAAACUUGCUUGAACAAGGUGAUGUUGUAAUGGCAGACAAGGGAUUUCUAAUUGAAAAGGAACUACUUAAAAAAGGCUGCCACUUAAAACAACCAAUUUUUUUGAAAGAUAAGAUUCAGUUUGAGGCUAAUGAGAUGGUUGACAACUGUAAACUGUCAAAUAAGAGGGUUACUGUCGAGCGAGCUAUUUCUCGCAUUAAGCAAUAUAAAUAUUUUGAGGGUAGUAUACCCUACACUGCUCUACAUUCUGCCAAUAGUGUGUUUUUUGUUACAUGCAUGUUGAGCAAUUUUCAUGACCCACUAAUUAAAAAGGGUUGA